AAGUACCCAUUCGGCACAAACCUGCUCUGCCGCCGGUACUUACCACACGGACGCCACUCUGGCCCCACCCCUCAGAAGGGGGGCUCUCAUGGAUGGCCGCUGCGCGCGCAGUGCUGCCGUGCUCGCGGGCGGCCACUGCUGAUGCACCAGUUCAUGAAUGUCGCGAUGAGCAUCUACCUGCACCUGCGAUGCAUGCUGAACGCUGCAGCGCCUCGCCUCUUGGCGUGCGGCGCUCGCGCGCACAGGCGAACAGACGCAGAAAACGGUGCCGAGCCUUUCAUGCUGGUGCGACGCUGGGCCCUCCCCCUGGCCUCGACAUGGUGCUGCUGAAGGACCUCGAGUUCAAGCCGAUGCCACAGGAGGAGGGCUCUUUGGCGAUGGAGCCCAAGAUCGACGCGCUGACAAAGAACAUGGAGUUGCUGACAAAGAACAUGGAGUCUCUUGCAGCCGAGGCCCUCCCCGAGACGUCUCUCGACGAGACGAAGGAUGCGGUGGCGCCACUCCCGAGGCUCGCUCGAGCCUUUCGGCUUCUGGAGAACGAUGUGAAUAUUGCCGACUCCUACAAGUUCCCUGAGGAGAUCGUUGACGCUAUUCGGCUGGGGCUCACGCAGAGCCACAACUACUUCGAGGCGCUCGACAUUGCCAUGGAGCUCGCACCCACGUCCCAGGUCUGGGACCAACCACGCACACCAGUACAGCUGGGGCGAUUGGAAGUAGCACCGAAUGACGCAAUGCAGAAGCACGAGAACUAUUACGACGCUCUCACGAGAACGAUUACCACUGAGUACGCCGAGAAUUUUCUCUGCCUCCUCGAAGACUAUGGUUAGCUCCGCACCUCGCCCCUUUGCCCAUCAGCCUGGCCUGCCCUGCUUGAGCAUUAGGCCUGCACGCGCGCACAUAGCGAGUAUAGGGACCCAGCUCCCUGCGACGGGAUAAUCCAGUGUAUAUCACGAUAGCUGCACGCGUCCUCAUAGACAGUUCCAGCUAGAUUUUGUUUUCCCUUAUGUCGAUGGAUGGAA